AUGCUAGGACAGAAAGUUUUCAGUACCGUUAGAUGCAGCGCUGUGCUGCGAAUCUCGCCAGGGAGGUUUAUAUCGAAUGAGACGCCAAAGGCAACAACUGCCACUUUCCCCGUGAAGAAACCUUCCGGUAGAAGACGAAUUACAGAAUUUAAGGAUUCCAUAAACGUUGGUCCUUCGUUCCAGGAUUUUCUGACCGGUAAUGCGGCGACCUUCACAUAUGAUCCAUUACAGAAGGCAAGACAAUACGCUAAAGAGUCAACCGAAAAACUUCCCUCGUGGUUGAAAGUCCCCAUUCCUAAGGGGUUUAAUUACAACAAACUGCAUUCAGAUGUCAAGGACUUGAACCGAGCACUGUCUGCCAAGAGGCCCAAAUUGCCCCAAUAUAGGCGAGUGUUGGGGAGGAAGGACAAAUCGAAGGCCACGGCUACUAUCAUGCUGCUAGGCGAUACGUGUACUAGGGGCUGCAGAUUCUGCUCAGUGAAGACAGACAGAAACCCCAAAAAACCAGAUCCCAUGGAGCCUGAAAAUACUGCUGAAGCGAUCAAUAGGUGGGGGUUAGGAUACGUCGUAUUGACUACUGUGGAUAGAGACGACCUGAUUGACGGGGGUGCCCAUCACUUGGCAGAAACUGUGAAAAAGAUUAAGCAGAAAUCCAAGGGCAAGACCCUUGUUGAGGCACUGACCGGUGAUUUUAGAGGAGACAUGGAAAUGGUUGAUGUGAUGGCGCGCUGCGGGUUGGACGUUUAUGCUCAUAACAUGGAGACCGUUGAGGAACUGACCCCACAUGUUAGAGAUAGAAGAGCCACGUAUCAACAGUCUUUGAGUGUUUUGAAGCGCGCGAAAGAAACGGUUCCGACUCUGAUUACCAAGACUUCCUUAAUGUUAGGAUUUGGGGAAACGGAGGAACAAGUACUAAGAACAUUAAAGGAUUUGAGGGCAGUUGGUUGUGAUGUGGUCACUUUUGGACAAUACAUGAGGCCAACAAAGAGACACAUGAAAGUGGUUGAGUAUGUGCAUCCGGACAAGUUCGAUUACUGGAAAAAAGUAGCGUUAGACUUGGGAUUUUUGUAUUGUGCAUCUGGCCCCUUGGUCAGAUCAUCAUACAAGGCUGGAGAAUCAUUCAUCGAAAAUGUACUAAAGAAAAGACAGAGUCCUGCUACUUAA